CUACUUUCCAAUUCCCCAGGAUUUGGCUCUUAAGCUCUGUCGCAGACAUUGCUCCCUCGUAUCUUUGCUCGGCUCAGAGUUCAGACCAUUCCGUGUACAUACUACUCUUCCGAAUUGACUUGAUACUACUCUGCCCUACUUCCUACUUCUUCUCCGCAACAGGUCUGAACAUCCUCAUCCUCCACCAGCAUCAAUCACCACCUACAUAGACCACAAUGGCAGACACAACGACACCACCAGAAAUGCCAAAACAUCUCUUCAUUCACCAACAACAGCAACAACCCGCUACACCUUCCUCCUCUACCCAACAACAAGCCUCAGCAACAGCGACAGCGGCAAAAGAUGACUCCGUCCCCGCAGGCAUGACCAAACUCCCCAACGGAGUCAUCCUCGACAAAGACGGGAAGCCAUGUCGCCUCUGCACCUCCGCCGCUUCGUGGCGCGCCCUCACCAAACAAGCCAAAUCCACCCCCUCCACCACCACAAGCACCGCCAGCACCAUCCCGAAGACCCUCGCCACCACUCCAGGCUACACUGACUGCCCACCAGACUCGGAAGCCCUCGGCCGUUCCACCUGGACCUUCCUGCACUCGUUGACAGCCUCGUACCCCGCGCAAGCGUCAAGCGAACAACAAUCCGAGAUGCGCCAGUUCCUGGGGAUAUUCUCGAAGCUGUAUCCAUGCUGGGUGUGUGCGGAGGACUUCCGGGCUUGGAUGGCGGAGCCGAGUGGGGAGAAUCAGCCGAGGUUGGGUGGACGGAAGGAGUUCGGGGAUUGGAUGUGUAGGGCGCAUAAUGAGGUGAAUCGCAAGUUGGGGAAGAGUGAGUUUGAUUGUCGGUUUUGGGAGGAGAGGUGGAGGAAGGGGUGGGGGGAUGGAAGGUGUGAGUAAUUUACUUUGUUGCAUGUGUGGGGUGUGUAUGAAUAGAUGAUAGAUAUAGACUACUGCUACCUUUGGAUAUGGCGAUAUGAUGGAAUUGGUGGGAGGGGUCUACUACUGUAUAUUUUACUGACUAUUAACUGCUGGGGUGAUGGACAUCUCUACUCUGUGUCUGUCUCAUCUCAUCUCUGAUCAUGAUUUGAUAUGAUAUGAUAAUACUAUC